AUGAUUCACACGUGCAAUCUUUGCAACCGCAACCAUUGCCGCAACCAUAACUGUCAAAACCGAGGCUCAGAAGACUUCUUGCUUCAUGGACCACCAGACUUCGUGGUUCGUGUCUUUCUGGCUACUUUCGCCACACGCCAGUUCAAUGAUCAAAUGUGUGAUAACGGCGAUGGCAACGAGCAGCAGUUGGCCAGGGCUGCAAAUUGUGACGAUGAACUUGGCAUGGAUGAAACACGCCACUAUCGUCUCAAGGUUAGCAAAUGGAUCAAGGGCUCGCUCAUGUGUUUACAAGAUCCACUGUUCUGGUUCAUGAUGUUUGCUGCGAACAUGGCUCGGGAGCCAGUGCGUCACAUGUUUGGCAUACUCUCAUCAUAUUCCGCGCAAAUAUCCGCUCGGGUUCGUGCGCCGAAUGCAUCGACCGGCGAGUGCGCGGAACUGCCGAUAGUCAACUUUGUUACUAGGCGGCUGGAUGAGAUCAAUCGUGAGUUUGCUGCACUCAGGGCUAAGGUACCGGACUGGACACAUGCAACUCUCCAGGUAUUGCGAACGAUGAUUUGUUGGAACGAGGAGACGGCGCUGCAAUCUCAUGCUAUGGAAGCCAUUGCCGUGAAACUGGUGCUGCUGAAUCACGCUUCUUUCAAACGUCGUGUUUAUUCGCUGUUCUCGAAGAAGCUUGCCUGA